GUUUGCAAUGCAAGCGUUCUUUCGUGGAGUGCGAUUUUAGGUUGCAUUUCGAUUGAUAACUACAGUGUACUUAGAAACUUCUAGUGUAAUACAAGAUGCCAAAGUAUUACUGCGAUUAUUGUGACACAUAUUUAACUCACGAUUCACCUAGUGUGAGGAAAACGCAUUGUACCGGCCGAAAGCAUAAGGAUAACGUGAAAUUUUACUACCAAAAAUGGAUGGAAGAGCAAGCUCAACAUCUCAUUGACGCUACAACCGCUGCAUUUAAAGCUGGAAAGAUUGCACAGAAUCCGUUUGGCGGUAAAGGUGCUGCUAUUCCCCCGCCAUGGGAUCCCUCAGUAAUGGGCCCGGGAGGACCGCGACCGCCCGUGCCUACACCCGGAGGCCCGCCUGGCAUGUUGCCGCCGCCUACUAUGGGUCCCGGAGGACCGAUGGCGCCACACAUGAUGAUGGGACCGCACGGCCCAAUGCCGCCUAUGAUGGGAAUGCGACCGCCAAUGAUGAUGGGUAUGGGCCCUAUGGGCCCAAUGGGUCCCAUGGGUCAGAUGCGACCUCCGUUAAUGAACGGUCCGCCUAUGAACAAAUAGCAGAAGUUUAAAGUGAGUGAAAGACGAUAAUUUAAUACAUACAACCAUAACUCAUUAGAAACAUUGUCCUGGAUUUACUGAUAGUUUCUUUAAC